GAUUUCUCUCCAGAGACAAGAGAGAGAGGGUUCAGUUUCAAGUUCUUGAAAGCUAUUUUCUCACUCACUCACUCACUUUCUCUUCGCUUCUAUAUAAUUUUCCUUUUAACAUUUUCUUCCCAACCAAACACCUUCAAACCUCCUCUUCUCUCUCCAUAAAUACUUUCCCUCUUUCUCACACAAAUGAAUUAAAUAUUCUCUGUUUUUCAACUUCCAAUCCAAACUCACCUAUUGUUCUGCUCUCCCUCUCUCUCGAUUCUGUAAUGGAUUCGUUCGAUUUCCAUGGCGUCGCUGAGGAGAAGACGAGUUCGACAUCGAAGGAGUUUUACAAUCGCAUUAUAAGUCUCGCGAAGCUUUUCCGUUUCGCGGAACUCUGCGUCGCUCUGUUUCUUGUCAUGUGGAUCUUCAAUCGGCUCCCACUCGCCGUCGAGAUCUCCGGUGGUUACUUUCGCCAGGUUUCAAGCUUCUUAACUAGUCCUCUCUUCGUUUUCUUGCUCUGUAACAUCAUCGUUGUUACUAUCAUCGCCAAUUCCGGAAAACUCUCUGAUCAAAACCAGAUCGCCGACGAUACAGAGUCCGAACUCUACGAGAAAAUCGUUAAGAACAGCAGGGACUGUAAAAAGCUAAAAACCGAUAUCGUUUUGAGUGAGACGGAAGGGACAACGGUCUACGAAGACAAACAAGUGAUAUCUGAGGUGAAUACGACGGUCGUUAUUAAAGAAGCUGAAACAGAUCACUUCGAUCCGUAUUCGGACUUUCCAAAAGUUUACAGGCGAUGGAAAUCGGAGCAAUUCGAGAGAGAAUGUGUGGUGGAGGAGGAUCGCCAUCAUCUCCAACGAUCGGAAUCGGAGAAGUGUAUGGAGAUAGUCGUUUCUGAUCGCGAAAGACAUCCGAUGGAAAAUUUAGCUUCUCACGAUAAAUUGAGUGACGAUGAUUUCAACCGUACAGUAGAAGCAUUCAUCGCGAAACAGUUGAAAUUCCGUCGCCGGGAGCACGGUGGUGGUGAUGGUGGUGGUUGUGGUGUAGAGCUUCAACAUGGGGAUUUGGAAUACGAGAAGUCUGAGGUGUCGUGUUCAUCUCAAUCCACGAUCAAAAUAAUCAACGGCUGAGAUUAAUCGCAAUCCACUACUACUACUAGUCUACUACUACUAAUUUUGAAUGAGCACUAGAAAUUUUUAGAAUAAAGAUAAUUUCUGAUCUUCUUCUUUAUUUGGCUCAAAACUAAAAGCUACUACUACUACUGCUAGUCUACCACAACUAGUUUUUCUGUAAAUGGUUAAUAUUUUCUCACCAAAAAUGGAGUAAAAAGUUAAAUCUAGUUUAUUAUAAAAA